AUGGCGUCUUUCAUUGCAGACAAUUCUUCAUCGCCCUCCAACAGCUGGCCACUGGAUCAGUUCGUCCAAGAUCCUGGAUAUCUCGCAUACCAGGAAGAACUUCGAUGCCUCAUCUUCAACACAGCUCAGACUGCAGCACCAUCCCGCGAAACUUCACCCACGCUUGGAAACUUUGGGCCAACGGACGAAGAACUGGCAGCUCAGGCUCAGACAAAGACAGCCCUUGCUUCCGGACGACGACUUGAAUACCUCAAGAACUAUGUCGCCCAAGUAGCUCCCUGGCUCGAUAUGUUUGAUAGCAACGGAGCAUUCACUGUUCAAGUACCAGUCCUUGCUCGAAGUUGCCCGGCUCUUCUCUAUGCAGUGCUCGCCCUGUCCGCACGUCAAAUGGAGCGUAAAGAGGCGAGGCAGCAUUCGUUCGACAGUCUAGAACUCUACCAGGAAGCCAUUCGUCUCCUUAACCCCCUACUUCAAGCCCGAGACCUCACAAUAAUCCCGAUAUGCGUCAUUCUCUGCUGUCUAGAAAUGAUGUCCGCAAGUCCACAAGACUGGCGCCGUCACCUCGAAGGGUGUGCUGCCCUCUUUGAUUCAUUUGACGUCAACGGUUUUAGUGGCGGCCUCCUACAAGCUGUCUUUUGGUGUUAUGCAAGAAUGGGUUUGUGUUAUUCUUCAAAGUUUCUCUCCUGUGUCGAUGUUGACUUUGUUUUAGAUCUAUGCGGUGCGCUCAUUUCUGAUGGAACUCAAGGCACGCUGGUACCACUGGACAGAUGGUUACCUCCUGGCUCGGAUCCCAACUCCGCUGCUGACAUUUUUCGAGACCACCGCUCACCAGAUAUGCACGCCAAUUACUCAGUAUAUCUCUGCUCCAAGGUCUGUGAGCUCGUUGCUGACCGCACUCACUAUGUCGAGCUUGGGGAGAACAAUGGUUGCGAUUCUGCAACUUUUGAAAGACGGUGGCUACGACUCUGGCACGAUCUUCAAACUUGGGUGGAGGAUCGACCAGCAGAAGUGGUUCCUGUCCAAUUCAUUGAAAGUCGACCAUUUCCCCAGAUCCUCUUUGUUCAUUGGGCUGGGAUCUCAUCUAAUCAGCUUUAUCACACAGCCUGCACGCUGUUGCUAGAAUCGAAACCUCGGGAGGUCAAGCUUGACGUGGGAUCGACAGGAUCUUCCAUCUGGCAUGCCAAAUGUAUAUGCGGUAUUUCCUUGACCAACCCCCAUCAAGGCUGUCUCAAUAAUGCCAUCCAGCCGCUUUGGAUUGCAGGGAGACUUCUCAGUCACAAGUCAGAACAUUUGCUUCUCUCCAAGCUGAUCCUGAGCAUAGAGGCGAUGACGGGGUGGGCGACUAAUUGGCGCAUAACCGACCUUGAACACGCAUGGGGUUACAAGGUCAGAUGA